GUAUAGGUCCUGUGUGAUGUUAUAUGGACCUGGGGGUGUUAUAUGGGCCCUACAUGGUGUUAUAUGGACCUAGGGUUUGUUAUAUGGGCCCAGGGAGGUGUUAUGUGGGCCCCAGAGGGUGUCAUAUGGGGCCGGGGGGGUGUUAUAUGGACCUUGGGGGUGUUACAUGGGUCCUGAGGGGCAUUAUAUGGGUCCUGCGUGGUGUUAUGUGGGCCCCAGAGGUUGUUAUGUGGGCCCUUUGUGGCGUUACGUGGACCUGGGGGUGUUAGAGGGGUCUGCACGCUGUAAUAUGGCCUUGGGUGGUGGUAUGGGGCCCUGGACACUGUGUCGUGGGCUUUGCGAGGUGUUACACAGGCCUUGGGCAUUCCUACGAGGAUCCAGUGGUGUUAUAUGGCCCUGGUCAGCGUAGCAUGGCCCCUGGGUGGUGUGUUAGGGCUUCAGAUUCUCUCAUACGGGGCUUGCCAGGCGUUAUAGAGCCCCGGGUGCUAUUAUACAGCCCUGGGCGGCGGUAUAGGGCCGUGGCUGGAGUCGUUACGGGGCCAGGGCCGGCGUUGCAUGUCACGUCACGCCGCGUUGCCGUCACCCGUCCCCAUCACGUGCUGGCGGCCCCAGCCCAGGAAGGCCAGGAAGGGGAAGUCGGCGCCGCGGGGCGGAUCGGGGACGAAAGGGGACGCGGGGUGCCCCCCCCCCAGCGCGUCGCCGCCAUGUCGCUGCCCUCCGUGUACCAGAACAAGUUUGCCGAGAAGCUGACCAUCCUCAACGACCGGGGCCGGGGCGUCCUCGUCCGCAUCUACAACAUCAAAAAGACCUGCUCCGACCCCAAGACGCGGCCGUCCUUCCUCAGCGACAAGGCCAUGGAGCCCUGCGUCAAGUUCAUCAACAAGAAGUUCCCUAAUCUGGACGUGCGGAGCAGCACGCAACACCUGGGCCCGGUGCACAAGGACAAAGGGGACAUCGUGCGCGCGCUGGGACCCUUCUACCACUCCUUCGUGGACGUCCUGGAGUUCAGGGACCACGUCUACGAGCUGCUGAACACCAUCGACGCCAACCAGUGCUUCUUCGACAUCCACGUCAACUACGACUUCACCAAGAGCUACCUGGACCUGGUUGUCACCUACGUGUCCCUCGUCCUGCUGCUGGCCCGCACCGAGGACCGCCGGGCGCUCAUCGGCAUGUACCACUGCGCCCACGAGAUGAGCCACGGCGCCAGCGACCCCAGCUUUGCCCGCCUGGGCCAGAUGCUGCUGGAGUACGAGCACCCCCUCAAGAAGCUGACGGAGGAAUUUGGGCCGCACACCAAGGCUGUCACCAGCGCCCUCCUGUCCCUCCAUUUCCUCUUCGCCCGGAGGAACCAGGGGGCCGAGCAGUGGCGCAGCGACCAGCUCCUCAGCCUGCUCAGCACCUCCGGGGCCAUGCUGAGCCCCGCCAGCUCCGACACCAUGGCCUGCGAGUACCUGUCCCUGGAGGUGAUGGAGCGCUGGAUCCUCGUGGGGUUCCUGGUGUGCCCGGGGGCCCUGGGGAUGUCCCCGCAGUGCCUGGAGCUGUGGCGGCUGGCGCUGCAGGGCUCGCUCUACCUCACCCUCCUCCGCGACGAGGUCCUGCAGGUCCACAAGGUCACCGAGGAGCUGCUCAGCAGCCUCAAGGGCUACGGGAAGCGCGUGGCCGAUCUCAAGGAGUGCAAGGAACACGCCGUGACUCAAAGCGGAGCCCGGCACCGGGGGCGGCGGGGGGGCCUGGGGGGGGGGGGGGGGGGGGUGGGGGGGGGGGGAGAAAGGCCACGGGUGGGGUCUGUGUCCUCUAAUCCCAGCCCUGCCCAGGCUCUCUUCGUCUUCAUGGCGCUCUCCUUCUGCCGCGACGAGGUGAGCUGGCUGGUGCGGCACGCCGAGCACGUCACCAAGACCAAAACCCCCGAGGAUUUCACUGACAGCCACGUGGCGGAGAUGCUGUUCCUCAUGGAGCAGCUGCGGAGCCUGGUGCGGCGCCAGGUCGGGGUGCUGCAGCGCUACCACGUGCAGUACCUGGCCCGCUUCGACGCCCUGGUGCUGAGCGAAAUCAUUCAGAACCUCUCCGUGUGCCCUGAGGAGGAAUCCAUCAUCCUGUCGUCCUUCGUCAGCUCCCUCUCGGCUCUCUCAGUCAAGGGAGGUAGGGACUGUGUCCCCGUGGCAUGGCCUGGGGACCUGGGGACACGGCCUGGGGACCUGGGGACACGGCCUGGGGACCGAUGUCCUCCCGUCCUGCAGCCCAGCAGCGGUCCUAGUGCGGUGCUGGGCACCCAGGCGCAGGCUCACGGGGGGCAGUGGGGACACGGGAGCUGCUGGGGGUCCCACGGGGUGGGCGCCGCCACCCCAAGCUGGCCCCCAGCACCCCCUGGCUCAGCACCACCCCUUCAGCACCCCCGGCCUGAG